AGUCAGAUCAUCAGUAUGUCUGUCCUGUGGCUGCUUCUGGGCCUCCUUGCCCUUACUGAUUCAUCUGAAAGUGGCAACUGGGGAUGCUAUGGAAACAUCCGAACCUUCGAUACUCCCGGGGCAUCUUGCGGGAUUGGAAGACGUCGAGGCCUGAACUACUGUGGAGUUCGUGCUUCUGAAAGGCUGGCUGAAAUAGAUAUGCCAUACCUACUGAGAUUCCAACCCAUCAUGCGUACUGUUGGCCAAAAGUACUGUGUGGAUCCUGCAGUGAUCGCUGGUGUCGUGUCCAGGGAGUCUCCUGCUGGCAACAUUCUUGUCAAUGCGGGCAAUGUAGGCGAUGGAAUCAGGGUGGUACAGGACAUGGGCCAUUAUGCUCCCACACCCUGGAUCAGUGAGCCCCAGCUAUCCCAGAUGACUGAGGUCCUGACUGUUAGAAUCAAAGAAAUCCAGAGGAGGUUCCCAACCUGGACCCCCGACCAGUACCUGAGAGGUGGACUCUGUGCCUACAUCGGAGGUCCUGGCUAUGUCAGAAGCAGCCAGGACCUGAGCUGUGACUUCUGCAAUGAUGUCCUUGCACGAGCCAAAUACUUCAAGAGACACGGCUUCUAA